CUCUCUCUCUCUCUCUCUCAUUUAUAUCACUUUCUCUUUCCAAGUAUUCAUUUACACCUUCAACCCUCUCAGUCACAUAUGGUUAGCACUCUCUUCUAAAGCCAACUACUACUAUUAGUAUUUAGUGCCCUUUCACUCGUAACAAGUGUUCACUGAUAUAAAUGUCUUUGUCUGUGGAAGACAACUACUAUGGCAUGAGCAGCAGUGUGAGUGAGAUAGAGGAAGAGAAUUCUUCACACUUGCACUUGAAUAAUGAUGGUCCUAAUCCUAUGGUCACCAUUGGUGAAGAAGAGAACGAGGAUGAUGAUGACACUGUUUAUGUGGCUGUUGGUAAGAGCCAGAGUAGCACGGAGGCCUUGGCAUGGACCCUCAACAACUUGGCCACUCCUUCUACCAUGCUCUUUAUCAUACACGUUUUCCCUGAGAUCAAGCUCCUUCCGAAUCCAUUGGGGGUGGGAAUGAUUCCAAAGGACCAAGUGAGUCCUGAGCAGGUAGAGAGCUAUAUGGCUCAAGAAAGAGGCAACAGGAGAGAGCUUCUAAACAAAUUCCUCCAAUUAUGCUCUGCUUCCAAGGUUAAGGUGGACACCAUCCUGAUUGAGAGUGACCUGAUUGCAAAGGCUAUCAUUGACCUUAUUCCAAUUCUUCAAAUAAAAAAACUAGUGAUUGGAGCCAACAAAUCCCAAAUAAGAAAACUGAGAUCAAGGAAAGGGAGUGGCAUAGCUGAUCAGGUACUUCAGAAUGCUCCAGAAAGUUGCAAGGUGAGCAUUGUAUGUGAAGGAAAAGAAGUGAAUGAACAGAUAGCUCGUGCCAUUACUACUGAUCCUUCCAUGUCCCAGAAAAACAAGCAUCAGCAAAAUGCUUCAUGUGUUUGUUUCAACUUUUAAGCCAAAGCUUUACAUAAUCACAGGGUCACAGAAUUGCAGCAUAGGGAAUAGUUCCCUCAAUGAAUGUUGGUUUUAGAUUAAUUUUAGACUUUGAAAAACCAACAGCAGUGUUGAUGAAAAAUGAAGUGUUUCAUAGAACAUGACACAAGUUUAUGUAACUUAUGGUUGGGCUGCUAAUGUUUUUAAGGUAGUCCUUAUUGUAAAUAAGAACUGCAGGCUAAAGUCGAUUAACUAUGAAAGAUGUGAAGUUUUUGCUUCA